UAUUUUUUUUUUCUCUAAAACCAUUUUUAUUCUCCAAAAUCAGAAUUUCGUCGCCAAUUCCCAAAUUCCUCUUCCAAUAACCUAAUUCCCCAAAACCAAACCUACAUCUACAUUACAUGGACAAAUCGGACGACAAAGACGAGCCCUUGACGGAGCUCAGCCCCGGCGAUCUCCGGCCACCGGAGGAUCAGCGGCGAUGUGUUCGCCGCAGAUUGGUCCAGUCCACGCUCUUCCCGCAAAAACCGCAAGAGUGCGAAGAGAACGGCGAUCACGAGGUUCAGAAGGACUUUGCGGAAGAUGAGGACGAGGAUUUCAGUGGGAGCAGUCAAAGCAAGAAGAAGAGGAAGCCUAAAGGAAAGUCAAUGCUGCGAGCUUCCAAGAAGGUUCAGCAGGUGAAGGAGAAGCGAGCAGUGAAUACUACGCCCAAGAAAACAAUGGCUGAUUCGAUUGAGUGUCAAGCUACAUCCCCGCCAGUUCCGGAUUUGCGGUUAGAGGCAAAGAUGUCAGCUCAGGAAAAUUCACGGAUGUUUGCAGGAAAGCAAAUUCAUCCUUUUUUCUCAUCAUGGAAAGCAGGAAAGAAAAACCAAGAGGCUACUGAAGUGGAGGGUAGUUGUUGCUUUGUUGAUUUGGGGGAUAAAAGUAUUACUUGCGGCCCAAUUCAUGUAUUUGAAACAACUCAAGAUGAGGCGGUGUCUCUUGAUUGGAGAAACUGGAAAUUUUGUGAUGACACCUUUAUCAAUACCAAUCACAGUUUAGAAAACACAUCAUCAUCAAUUUUUGAAAGCUCUUCUGGGUCCUUGCAUAUUGAUAAGCUUCCCAUCUUUUUACAUCCUUGUGAUGCAUCAACUGUACAGAAUGAAACGUCUUUGGAUCAGUGUCCUAAGCAACUAGAACAUGCACCUGAAGUGGACCAUGAGGUGGAGGAAGUUGGUUUAUUUUCUGGGCAUGCUAGCUGUCUUAGGAAGUCAGAUAUUCUGCAGCAAAGUAGAUUUCUUCAGGAAAGUAUGAUGUCAUACUAUGCACGUCCUGAUAAUCAGCUUGAGAAUAGCUUAUGGACAUAUAAGUACAAACCAAAGAAGGCUACUGAGGUAUGUGGUAAUGAUGAAUCUGUCAAGUUUUUGAGUGAUUGGCUACAUAUGUGGCAUGAAAGAGGUUUCCAAAUCAGCAAAGUUCGAACUGAUGGUGAUCAAUGUGACAUGCAAGAAGAUGAUUAUAGGUGUUCUGAUUCAGAAGACAUAGAUGAAGAGCCUGGUCUAAAGAACGUUCUCUUAGUUACAGGACCAGUGGGGUGUGGGAAAUCUGCAGCUAUCUAUGCUUGUGCGCAAGAGCAAGGGUUUGAGAUUUUGGAGCUAAGUGCAUCAGACUGUCGCAGUGGAGCUCUAGUGAAACAGAGGUUUGGGGAGGCUCUAGAAUCACGUUGGCUCAAAAGGUCAUUGGGACAUCCUGUAGAGUCACAGAACAAUCAUAUUGUGAAGUCUCCCCAGUCUCUGCCCAAUGGUAGAGCAUCACAAGAGUUUGAAAAUGAGGUGGUAGAAGUGAUACCCUUAUCAGAUGAAGAAGCUCCUCAUGAUGGCAUUGGAGCCUCAGCAAAAUUUGUCUGCAAGGAGAAUGGAACUGCACAUAAUCAAAAUGAAGUUAAGCCUGUGAUUCUCUUUGAGGAUGUGGAUAUCACUUUUCUUGAAGAUCGUGGCUUUCUUGCGGCUAUACAACAAAUUGCUGAAACAGCAAAGGGACCCAUGAUAUUGACCAGCAAUAGUAACAACCCUGUCCUGCCAGACAGUUUGGACAGGCUACAGGUGUGUUUCACAUUGCCAUCAUUAAAAGAGCUGCUUUGCCAUAUAUGUAUGGUUUGUGCUGCAGAAGGAGCCAAUGUCCAACCUCAUUUACUGGAGCGAUUAGUUGGGUCUUGUGAUGGAGAUAUUCGGAAAAUAAUUAUGAAUCUUCAGUUCUGGUGCCAGGGUAGAAGAUUUGGAAAAGAUAGAAAAGAGAAGAGAACAUAUGGUUCAUUGAUAUUUGAUAUUGACGCUGGCCAUCAGUUACUACCUAAGAUUAUUCCCUGGGAAUUUCCUUCUCAGUUAUCUGAGCUAAUUGAGAAGGAGAUCACCAAUUCAUUAUCCAUGAUGGAAGAAAAUUCUACUUCAAUGGAGGUUGUUGAGGAAGAACUUGACAAAAAGGAAACGCAGAAAGGUUUGGAUACACAUGAUAAUGAAACAGAAAGUAUAGAGGCCAAGAAGGUAGCAAUGUUGAACAGGAAUGGUUCUGUUGAAGACUGCAUUGAAUUCACAGCUCAAUUUGAUGAACUAUCCAAUUCUUCAGGCCCCCCUGUCACUUUCUCUCGGCGAAAUGUUCGAAGGAAACUGGAUGCAGCUCUGUCUUCUGAUUCUGAAGAUGAGAUUUUAAGUAAUGGAUAUCCUAUAGUUUUUGAUAAAGAUGCUAACAAUGAACCAUCCCAGGGAGUCAACAAUAGCUUUCCCUUUUCUUGUCCAUUAACUGAAAAUUGUUUAAGCCCAUUAACCAACAAGCUACUCUCCGGAGCAGAGAAUUUGGAAGAAACUUGUUAUCAACAUUCAGAAAGACCUGAUAUGCAACUUGAUGAGACUUGCAAAUCUUUUGAUGUAUCAUGUGUGCCAGAAUCAUCAUUUGUUCCUGAAACUAUGAUAGGUGAUGUAACAGAGCUGUUAUCUAGAAGUGGUCAUGUUGCUGAUUCCUUAGAAGUUUCUGUGAGCAAUGAGUGGAUCCAGAACCUGUUCCCAGAUGAAGCAGAGAAUUGUGAUAAACCUUUACUUAGAUUACAGAAACAUUCAGAUAUGCUAAGAAAUAAAUGUGAUGUAAAUCCUGAAAUCCCUCAUGGAGAGGAGGUGGAAGAUUCCCAAAAUGAAAGUGUUGAGGCUACAAGAGGUUAUCAAGUAAUGGAUGAGUGCAGUCGCAUGGAUUUUGAUAGAAGGUCCAAAUUUGUAGAGAAGCCUAGGCCGUUGAUGGUGACUGAUUUAGUACAAGAAUCAUGGAUAAAGCUUCGUGGCUGUCGCACUGAUCUAAGGCAAUACAUCAUCUUGGAACGACAAGAUGCAAUUCAAAGUAUUAAACUUGCUCAUGAUAUGAGCAAUCUAAUCUCGGAAGCUGACCUGUUGCUAUCUAACUGCCAAAUGGUAGCAAGUGAUUCAUUGGAACCAUCUUUGGACCCUUCUGAGGGAUCAGAUGCAUUCAGCUGGUGUGAUGAGCAAAUACAGAUGACAUCUGCAAUUGCACAACAUGGUUUUUGCUUUUAUGCAAAAGAUAUAGCUGCUGUAGGAUCAAAGAUGGGCUGUGAGAGCAGUGUUGAUAUAGCCUCAGAGAUGUUGGGUUCCACAACUCAUACAAUGGCAUUGGGUAAAUUAAUUGGACAGGAAAUGAGAACAAGUAGUACAUUGUUUGGGGCAAGGAGUUCAGAAAUGAGUCCACCUAAAAGUGAUUCGUCGAGAAGAGAAAUCAAUUCAAGUCUUUUUGAUAUAAUCCAGUCCAUGAUUCCUGCAAGAUCAUACCUGAUGGUGAGACACGUGGCAUUAUAUGAGUAUAUUUCUUCAUUGUGCCACAUUUCAAGAUCAGAGACUUCCCGUUUAUCAGGAGGCACUCACAAGACCAAAAGACGGAGGGGUCGGGCUGCUCGACACUACUUGAGUACUGGUUCAUUGAUGUUGUCUCCUGAAGACAUAUUGUUGCUGGAUCGAUAUAACUUGUACGGGAGUUUUUCAUCCCAGUUAGUUGAUGCUAGUUCGAGAUAGAACUUUGCUACUUGGAAAACUAACAAAAUAGAUGCAAUAACCCUUUCAUUGAUACCAUGAUAUGCUACUCGGGCCCUAUAGGAGAACCUAUUGAAGAAUGUGACAUUAAGAUCGAGGUUGACUGGCAUAUGGUUCCGUUCACUCUAAAGGAAAUCUUUAGAGUGACCAGCAGCUUCAUGAUAUAGUAUUUAUGUUGGUCUGUGUCGACGGCCAUAGCCCAACAGUAGAUAAUACGAACGAUGCCCGGUGAAUGGGGUAUCCUGGAGUAGCUGGCUUGAGCCAAUAAUUCAUUCCAUUUUUUUAUUGUAGAGUUUUAGUGGUUCUCUUUUGUUAAUUAUUAUACUAUCUAGUGCAAAGUCAUUUACAUAACAAAGUAUUUGACGCCAAAUAUUCGGAACUGGUUGUCAGAGACACAGAGCACUCAAAUGUAAUAUACCGCUGUUCAUACAGCUUAUUCUUCUCAAGUACUGCUUGUAUGAUUAAAAUGAUGUUAUUGGAAAUACGUUGUUUUGGCA